CCCGCGUCUCUAAUUCUCAUUCCUCUCCAGCGUUAACUUUCAGCGACCACCCCCACCGGAUUCCUCAGUGUCCUGACACCCACCCCCCAUGUCCUUAAGAGUCCAAGCGAUCUUCCGGAGCAGGCGUUCAUUCGGCCAGCCGCGUGCGGUCUGCAGACGCCGUUGAGGAGUUUUGAAUUCGAGCCAAAGUUUUGGUGCCAGCGGGUAAAGUUUCGUCAGAGAGGACGAAGUCGCGCCCGCGACACAAGACAGUUGUGCGAUAAGUGCCCACCCCUGGACAUGUCCACCCCCAGCGGCCUGGACCUGGCGCAUCUCCUGCCCCCCACCACCUUGACCCGCUUGGCCCAGGACUGGCUGGCCGAAGAUGUCACAAACUUUGACCCCGCUGGAAUGUGCGUGGGGGCAGGGCCGCAGACGGCCACCCUUCUGUGUAAAGAGCCUGGCAGCGUGCUGGCAGGGGUGCCCUUCUUCAACGCCGUGUUUGGAGUGCUGGGCUGCCAGGUGGACUGGUUGUACCCAGAGGGGGCCGAGCUGGGGCCCGAGCAGGUGACCAGGGUGGCCGUAGUCCACGGGCCGGCCUGUAACAUCCUCCAGGGUGAGCGGUCGGCCCUCAACUGCCUGGCCAGAGCCUCGGGGAUCGCCACCCGGGGGCGGCAGCUGGCAAGUGUGGCCAGGAAGGCGGCAUGGAAAGGCAGCGUGGCGGGCACACGCAAAACGACGCCUGGCUUCCGUGUGGUGGAGAAAUAUGCCAUGUUAGUCGGGGGGGUGGCCACACACCGGUGUGACCUGAGCAGCCUGGUGAUGCUGAAGGACAACCACGUGUGGGCCUGUGGUGGCAUUGCGCAGGCCGUCCAGGACGUGCGCCGGGUGUGCGGCUUCUCAUCCAAGAUCGAAGUGGAAUGUCGCUCGGAGGACGAGGGGCGAGAGGCGGCACGGGCUGGUGCCGACAUCGUCAUGCUGGACAACUUCACCCCACAGACACUGCACACGGUGGCCCGGACCCUCAAGCAGGACUUCCCCACCGUACUGAUCGAGGCGAGCGGAGGGAUCACACCUGAGACGCUCUCGGCCUUCUUCUCCCCCUCGGUGGACAUCAUCUCCCUAGGCUGCAUCACCCAGGGCUGCCCGGUGGUCGACUUCUCCCUGAAGAUCCAGUGCCCCCAGAGGAGCCACAGUGGCACUGCCCGUCGGGAAAAUGGGAUCCCUUGUGGCACCGUGGACGAUCACGGCAUCACCACUGUGCCUUCUGGCCCCCCGACUGCCCGGAGAGACUUUGCAUUCUGAGCUCAACUUUGCACUGGGGGGGUGUGUGGGGGGGGGGGGGGUCAGAGCCCCUGAAUGCACAGCACACCCCACACCCCAAAGUGACCAAACCUGAAUCUUGUGUGGUAAUAAAAAGGUGUAGCUUUUCAGUGGCUGGCUCCCUGUGCCCAAAUGGUGAAGCCCAUCCAUCAUGGUGGUCUCUUCACCUUUGGCCUUACAUUGUUACAAUGGUUGAUUGAAAGUUCUCAUCUUGGAGAUACUGGGGGGAUGUCGUAGGGCAGGUGGACUUUAUCUGUGAGGUGACCAGACUGCUAGGGCAUCUCUAGCUACACGAGUACCGACCGGAGAACGAGAGAUGGAGGGGUACGGCCAGAUGGGUGAGCAGCCACCGCUCAUUGGGUUGACCAGAGCCCCCCCGUGU